CGUAAACUUGACUGUCUUUAUUUUGCUAAAGUCUUUUGAACGUAAAAACCUAAAGUAAUGUGUUUAUAAGUACAUAAAAAUAUAACAUAAAUACGCUUUUUUAAAACCAAAAAUGACAAAGUUUAUGGAAUGGCUGACAGUUGCGAUUGCAAUGUUUGUUGCAUGGAUAUCUUUACUUUUAAACAGAUCGAACUUUUCUCCCAAGGUCGAAUGGUAUAUUAAUUACUUCCCAAUAAUCUUCAUAUUUUUGUUUGGUCUCUAUGCAUUUACAGUUGUUACGUACCGAGUGUUAACGUUUAAUAAUUGCGAAGAAGCUGCUAUUGAACUUCAAAACGAAAUUAAAGAAGCCAGAGCUGACUUAGAGUCCAAAGGCAUUAUUUUUCCAAAGAGUGGGGAAAAACUUGUUGAGAUUUAAGAUACUUUAG